AUGACUGAUGAGCAUCAACCAUCUAAAAAAAUUGCUGCUACUGGUACGGAAAGAGGACCAUCAGGAUUGUAUAUUAAUACCAAGGUUCGUAAAUUCAUAACUUGUAAUGAAUGUUCAAAGGUACGUUACUUAUUUAGUGGGAGGCAGCUUAUUGAACAAGAUGGUCUUGAGAUUCAACAUGCUAUAGAGAACUGGCCUUAUACAUGUGGAUCUACCAUUUUUUUACAGGAUCACAACUUGUUUGAUAAAGUGUUUGUUCAGGAGAAAAUUUGUUGUAAAACACCAAUGGAAUUUACUUACUAUUCUUGUCGAAAAGUCCAUUCUGAUUGGUGCUACCAUUGUGGAUCAACAGAUGAUUUACAGGACAAGCUGAAUUCACUAAUGGAAAAAUAUAAAUCAAUAAUCUCUUUAUAUGCAGGUUGCCAAGAUAAAGGGCUGGAUUUUUUUUGUCAAAUGCCAAUACAAACUAAAAAAUGA